UAUCCAUCAGCUGAGGAACAAGGUGUCAGAGGAGCAUGAGAUCAUCAAGAAGAAGGAGCUGGAGACUGGCCCCAAGGCCUCCUAUGGCUAUGGGGGCAAAUUUGGAACAGAGAGAGACCGGAUGGAUAAGAGUGCAGUGGGCCACGAGUACAUUGCUGAUGUGGGGAAACACUCAUCACAGACUGAUGCAGCCCAGGGCUUUGGGGGAAAGUAUGGAGUCCAGCGGGACCGAGCUGACAAGUCAGCACUGGGCUUUGAAUACAAGGGCGAGGUGGAGAAACACUCAUCCCAGAAAGAUUAUUCCAAGGGCUUUGGUGGCCGUUACGGUGUGGAGAGGGACAAGGUGGACAAGGCAGCAGUGGGAUUCGACUACAAGAGCCAGGCAGAGAAGCAUGACUCUCAGAAAGACUAUUCUGUGGGCUUUGGUGGGAAGUUUGGAGUCCAAAAGGAUCGUCAGGACAAGAGUGCCCUCGGCUGGGACCAUCAGGAGGAAGUGCAACCACAUACAUCUCAAACAGACUAUGCCCAGGGGUUUGGAGGCCGUUAUGGGGUCCAGAAGGACAGAGUAGAUAAGAGCGCUGCUGGCUUUAAUGAGAUGACAGCUCCCACCUCCUCAUACGAGAAAACAACACCACUGGAGGGCCCUGCCAGUGGCACCACCAGCCUGCGAUCACGAUUUGAAAAUAUGGCUAAGUCAGCAGAGGAGGAGAGCAGAAGGCAGGCAGAGGACCGGAAGAGACAGCAGGCUCGGGAGCGCCAGGCAGCUUGGCGGAAGCAGGAAAUCCCACAGAGAGAGAAGGACCACUCAGAGGCAGCCCCUGCUACCAUACCAGCAAGGGUACCUGGAAGUGCUGACCGAGACAGACCUGUGUCACAAGCAGAACAGGAAGCAAAAAGGGAGGAGGAGGAAACACCACCCACUUUGCCACCAAGGCCAGCAGAUCUGGGUGAGGAGUUGUGCAAGAUCCCCAGCCAGGAUCAGCUCAUCUACAGUGAAAGUUUGGAUGUCGGUGGGGAUUAUGAGGAGCUUCCAGAAGCCUCUGGCUACUGUGACAGUGCCAGUGGAGGCGCUGACUAUGAGGAGCUGCCAGCACCCUUGGGAAAGCUGGAUGCCAUCUAUGACAAUGGAGGAGAUGAAGGGGAGGACUAUGAGGAGAUCCUUUCCGAGGAGCCCAGCCAGAGCCAGGCCCACCUGGGAGAAACAGAAAAUGUUUAUGAGGUGGAGAGCCCUGGGAUCUGUGCAGUGGCUCUCUACGAUUACCAGGGAGAUGGAGAUGAUGAGAUAUCUUUUGAUCCCGACGACACAAUCACACACAUUGAGAUGGUGGAUGAAGGCUGGUGGCGAGGGCAGUGCCGGGGCAAAGUGGGCCUCUUUCCAGCAAACUAUGUGAAGCUUCUACAGUGA